AUUAGUUCUAUCAGGCCUACCACAAAUCAAAAUCAUCGGGGCAUCUCGAGUUAGGAUCCAUGGGUAAGGUCCUUUUUAAAGGGACUGUCAAUGUAUAAAUUGACAAUAGGCUAAAUAAAUAGGAUGUAAUACUAAUUUACCUAAAUUAACCUUUCCCCGGCUCACUCUAUUGCAGCGCCCCAUCUGGUAGACUUCCCUAGCCAUCGAGAUGCUUAUCCCAGGAUAAAGUACCCUCUAAAUCCAUAGGGAAUGGGUAUAACGUGUGACCCAAAGCCAUUUUGCCAGGAAACAGCAGCGAGCGCUUCAAACAAGUGUGCUUGUCCUCUACGUACACCUCAUCGGGAUAGGCCGUAGUAGGCUCUGUUUGCUUUUAAUCUAUAUUUUUUUAUCAGACUACAGCAAACAAGGAAUUUAUAAAUCAGAAGGGAAGGAGGCUGAAAAUAACACUUUUCAAACUAAAACCUUUUUUCCUUUACACAGACAUUUUUGGGUGUAGCGCAGUUUUAAGUGCACCUGAGGUUCAAUGGUCAGCAUGGGAUUAAUAAAUAACGAAAGGGGGAGUGUCGGGAAAUGCCUUAAAAUACAUUGUAUACGUUAGCUCCUUGCUCGACGGAGCAAUCCCUCCUUCACUUCUCAUUUAGGCCAAGUUGCGAGGCCAUGGAAGACACUGUGAAGGAUUUCUCGGUGUCUUACAAUCACAUUAACAAUGAAGGCACCUUUACUGGAGGAGAUUGGAUCUCAGGGAACAUCAAAUUAGAACUUUCAAAAGAUUGUAAGAUCAAUUCACUCUAUGUGCAGAUCAAGGGGAAGGCCAAUGUCUUAUGGACGGAACAAUAUGGCAAAACUGGAGUCGUUUACUCUAGCAAAGAGAAGUUCUUUAGUAUUAAGCAAUCCGUCAUACAGGAGUUCAAAGGACAGGAAAGCCAAACGGUUGGCCGAGGGUGCUAUGCCUACCCAUUCAACUUCCAGAUUCCUUCAGAAGAUCUUCCACCAUCCUUCAAAAGCUUCACUGGGAAAAUCCAGUACAGGGUGAAGGCCUAUCUGAGUAGGUCUAUGAGCCGAGAUAGCAAAGCUAAUGCUCCCUUCACCGUUAUUUCCAAAGCCAGCUGUAGUCCAGAAAUGAUGAUUCCACAGCAUAGUAUCAAACACCAGAAACUAAAACUCUUCAACUCAGGAAAAGUGACUAUGGAUGUUCACAUUGAUAAAAUGUCCUUCUGUCCAGGUGAGGCCAUUCAAGUCACAGCCUACAUUCAGAACAGUUCAUCCCGGGACAUUAAACCCAAGUACUGCUUGUACUUAAAGACCAGUUUUUUUGCAAAUGGGAAGAGAAAAGUAACGACCAAAGACCUGGUGAAAGAGGUGGGGGAGCCCAUCCCCCACUCCGCCGGCCAGAAAGUGAUCAGGGUCAUCACCGCCCCCGCCACCACCGAAGUGUCCAUCUUGAACUGUUCCAUCAUUAAACAUGAGUACAGACUCAAGGUCUAUCUGGACGUGAAGUACCAAUUCGACCCAGAGGUCAAGUUCCCCAUCGUCAUCCUGCCCGCCACAGCAUCACCUGGCCUGGGUCAGCCUCCUGCCGAUGGGGCGGAUGGGGGCUAUGGGGGCUAUGGCUUUGAGGCGUUCGGGAACCCUUCACCUACCUCAGCAGCCUCUGAACCCUCUGCCCCACCUCCGCCUCCCUCCUACGGGACAUACAGCCUGUAUCCCCCCUUGUCUUGAACUUAACAACGAACAACAACAACCAGCAUCUGACAUGGAUUUGAAAUGCUGAGUCGAUUUGAAAUGAUGGAAUUUGAAACAAUGACUAUCAUGUUAUAUGACUCAUCAUGUUA